UCCGUGACUAGUCUCUCCGCUUGGGCGCUUGGCUCGGCAUGGAGGGUGAGGGUAGCCCGGUGGAUGCGCCGGCGCCAGCGGCGGCGGUGGAGGUGAAGAACCCGAGGUGCUACCUUGACGUGAGCAUCGGCGGCGAGAUGGAGGGGCGGAUCGUGAUGGUUCUCUACGCCUCCGUGGCGCCCCGCACGGCGGAGAACUUCCGCGCGCUCUGCACCGGCGAGAAGGGCGUCAGCGCCGCCACCGGCGCGCGGCUCCACUACAAGGGUUCAUGUUUUCAUCGUAUCAUCAAGGGUUUUAUGGUGCAAGGUGGAGAUAUAACUGCUGGUGAUGGAACUGGGGGUGAGUCAAUAUAUGGAUUGAAUUUUGAGGAUGAGAAUUUUGUUUUGAAGCAUGAGAGGAAGGGGAUGUUAUCAAUGGCCAAUGCUGGUCCCAACACAAAUGGAUCUCAGUUUUUCAUAACUACCACCCGAACACCACACCUUGAUGGUAAACAUGUCGUUUUCGGGAGAGUUGUAAAAGGAAUGGGGGUGGUUCGCGCAAUGGAGCAUAUUUCUGCUGGAGAAGCUGACCUUCCGACUGCCGAUAUUGUUGUUGUUGAUUGUGGGGAACUGCCAGAAGAUGCAAAUGAUGGAGUUGUAGACUUUUUCAAAGAUGGUGACAUGUAUCCUGAUUGGCCAAAUGAUCUUGAUGAAAAGCCUGCAGAAGUUUCGUGGUGGAUAGAUGCUGUUGAUUCCGCAAAGUCUUUCGGAAAUGAAAACUUUAAGAAACAUGAUUACAAGGCCGCCCUCAGAAAGUACAGAAAAGCUAUGCGGUAUUUAGAUCUUUGCUGGGAGAAAGAAGAGAUUGAUCAAGAGAAGAGCUCAGCACUGCGGAAAACAAAGUCAAUUAUACUCACGAAUAGUUCUGCAUGCAAACUGAAGUUGGGCGACGUGGAGGGUGCGUUGUUAGAUGCUGACUUUGCAUUGCGUGAAACAGAGGGCAAUGCAAAGGCCUUUUUUCGCCAAGGGCAGGCACGCAUGGCACUAAAAAAUAUUGAUGCUGCAGUUGAGAGCUUCAAGCAUGCCUUGGAUUUGGAGCCAAACGAUGGAGGGAUUAAAAGAGAGCUGGCUGCUGCAAAGAAGAAGGUUGCCGACAGGCGAGGUCUGGAGCGGAAGGCAUUUUCCAAGAUGUUCCAAUCUUCUGGAAGUUCGGAUAAAAUCGAUGAAGUCUGAUGACGGCUGAAAACAGUUGGGGCACCUGAACCUUUUGCGUUUCAGUAUAGAAGUGGUCACAAUGCUAUCAAAAGAAAUGUUUGCAUUGAAUUGAAUUAGAUAUGCCCACCAAUGGACAAUUUCUCUCAUGGAAAAAUUAUGUUUUUAUAGACAAUUAAUGGGAGCUUUGUUGACGACAUGAUAGAUCUGCCUGUAUCAGUUGCAUCUCAUUAUUGCGCUUUGCGCAUUUGGAGGCUACUGCAAGGUUCUAACAA